GCUCGAACCGUGAAACGCAUGAUAAAUAACCGUUUGGCGAUGGUCGAGUUGAUCGAGAUCAUCGUGAAGGGGUUGUGCCUAGCGUAUGCCGUCGCCAUCUUUGGUGUCGCCCAGGCUCUCAAGGGGGAAUCCAACGACUGGUUUUUCCUCUACAUGACCUACGUGCUGGCCAUGACAUGUCCAUGCAUUUGGGCGCUCAUCCGGUGUGCCCGGGAGUGGGAUGCGCGCCGCAAAGUCGUCGUGGUCAAGGAGAAGAAGAAGAAGAAACCAGACAUUGCGACCAAGAAGGAUCCGUUGGUGGGGCUAACUCAAGCAGAAAUCCUCGCGGCGCAGCGGGAGAAGGCCAAGGACAUUGGUGGCAUUGGCGACGCGAAGGCGGCGAAAAAGCCCAAGAAGCCCAAAGGCAGCCCCAAGCGAAAGGGUCCGCCCAAGAAAGACAAGAUCCCGAAGGGAGAUGACAACGUGUAAAGUGUUUAACGGGACCGAUCGCUCCAUACUAGCUACGACGACGUUGUGGCACUUAUUGGGGGAGGAUGGGGGUGUAUUCUGCCCGUUGCUCACCAGCAAAGAAGCCGUACACAACGAAGAGACCGCCCACGACAAAGUGGAUCCAGGCAGAGUAAAGGCCAUAGUCGUUCAGGAGUCGGUAGGUGUAGAAACCAAGGAAGAUGGCGAACAAGCCCGAUCCGACGUAGCUUUCCAAGAACGAGAACCACUUCAACGGGACCUUCCACCCCAACGCGGCCGUCGAGAACAGCACGAGCGCAAAGAAGAGUUGGUACAAGCGCAGAAACACAUUGGCCACGUCCAACCGAGGCGACGGUGACAGGUACGUGUCUUCGGCCAAGGCAUAAACGGCCGCAAUGGUCGAGAGCAGGCCGAGAAUCGCGAGGAGGACUUGGUGGACAGUCGAGAUGGUGUUGGCCAUGUUAGCAAGCGCAGGCAAAAGGAAUUAUGCCAUCCCAACGACGUCGCUUUCUUCCAACGUGGCUGUGAAGUGGCAGCGGGGGAAGGCGAAGAAGACGAAGGCACAGAAAAGUGGAGCGGCCGGCGUCGGCUUUUC